AAUUAGGUCAAUCUAGUGUGUUUGGCAUUUACAUAAGCACCGGCUACAGCCGCAGACUGCAAGUGUAUCAUAAAGAUGGCAUUGUGCUCUGGUACAGGAGUGAACCAGCAACGUUUAUAGAGCUGUAGGAAAAUUAAAACUAUGGUGAUUGGUUGGAACAAAAAUCAGCACGCACAUCAGUCUCUAGGACGGGAGUUGUGCACCCCUGCUUUAGAUCGUCCCGUGACUCCAGUUGAACCCCGUCAGUGCAUCAUGCAGGAUUCAUUCGUUUUUGUACGAGAUUAACAUCAUUGGGUCAUACUUCCAGGGACCGAGGCGAGGUCGGAGUGAGACGGGCGGAGAGAGAUGCACCGGUUCCUGUGCUGCAGGGCCACUCUACGGGCCCCCGCCCUGCGCUCGGCGCUGCUGGGCCCGGCAGGGCGUCAGCCGCCCGCGGGGCCCCUGGGGUUGGGGUUGGGGUGCGUGCGGACGGCGACCCCGCACCGCCGGUGGGUGAGCACCUCGUGGGUGGCGGGGGCGCCACGCAGGCCCGGGGCUGGAGACGAGUCGCGGCCUCCGCCGGGGAGGGACCUGGCUGUCCCCGGGUCCCCCACGGGGACCCCCGCAGACCCCCACCCCGACCCCGACCCCGACCCCCUCCAGGACAGGUCCAUGAGCUUGGUCCAAAGGUACAAGAGGACCUUUAAGCAGUACGGAAAAGUCAUGAUCCCGGUGCAUUUCCUGACGUCCACCAUGUGGUUCGGCACGUUUUACUACGCUGCUAUGAAGGGUGUGAAUCUGGUUCCAUUCCUGGAAAUGAUUGGGGUUCCUGAAAAGAUGGUUGAUCUUCUGGAACAUUCUCAGGGUGGCUACGCACUGACCGCCUAUGCCAUGUACAAGAUCGCGACCCCGGCCAGGUACACGGUGACGUUGGGCGGGACGUCCCUCUCCGUGAAGUACCUCCGGAGGAAGGGCUACAUGUCCACCCCUCCCCCCGUGAAGGAGUACCUCCAGGACAAAAUGGAGGCCACGAGGGGGCGGAUCUCCGAGAAGAUGGAGGAGACGAAGGACCGCUUCUCCGAGCGGAUGGGGGAGACCAAGGACAAGUUCGCCGAGCGGCUGCAGGAGACCAAAGGCAGGGUGUCUUUCAGGAAGAAGGUGGAGUAGAGCCGCUCACAUCGUUUAGUAAAGCUAGGCGGAACGAUGGAAACUGGUGCAGUACCUUCACCGUAGAAAAAUGCUUAGUGUAGAUGUUCCAGAACAAACCAUUCCAGACACACUGGUGGCCGCGUCUUGGGGCCAGUCACUGGGCUUAAAACAGGCAGCCUGUACUGUGGUGGAAAUGCCAAAUGUCAAACAAAAGAAAUAAACAGGUUGUUGUAAAUGACUUUUUUUUUUUUUUCUUUUUAAACCACAGCUUUGCCUCAUAACGCUGAACUAGUCUUAUCAAUGGUCUUUUAGACGUACACUAGUGUGCUGCGAAAAGCUGGCUGACCACAAACUAUAAAACACUAGACGGUUAAUAUUCAUUGAGGCCCAAGCCUGAUAUUAGCCUUGAAUCCUGGUUCCAUGGUGCAACUACUUCUGCUGCUGUGCUCUAGUUAUUGAUCUGAAAGAAGUCAUUUUAAAUAGAGUGAAUGUUUUAAAUCAACAAUCUAGGAUGUUUAUUUAUGAAGGAUCAUUCUUUGCAUAAUUUAAUGAAUAAACUAGGCAAAUGAACGCAGUUGCACUGAAGAGGUUCUGUUCACAUUGCAAUGCACAAAAUGAAAUGCUUCAACAGUGAUAAGAAUAGCAAAAUGGGUUUUUCAAAGAUUUAAAUUUGAAAUCCUUUAAAGCUAUUUAGAUUUGCCGAAUGUGUAAUUUACAGUAACCUUACAAACUGAACUUAAUUGUAAAGUUGAGCUACUGUGAUGAGAAUAAAGUGAAGAAUUGUG